AUGUCUUUCCAGGACCGAGCUCAACAUCAGAUCUCGCAGAUCGAUAAGGAACUUUCCAAAUAUCCUGCGCUCAACAACUUCGAGAAGCAGACCAAUGUUCCCAAGGUCUACGUCUUUCUCGGCUUAGUCGGUCUCUACUUCUUCUUGGUCUUCUUCAACAUUGGCGGCGAGUUUCUAGUCAACUUCGCUGGAUUCAUCCUUCCCGGCUACUACUCAUUGGAAGCCUUGUUCAGCACCAGCAAGGUUGAUGACACGCAAUGGUUGACGUACUGGGUCGUGUAUGCCUUCCUCAAUGUCUUUGAGAGCCUGAUCAACGCCGUAUACUGGUUCCCCUUCUACUACACCUUCAAGUUCAUCCUGAUCUUGUGGAUGGCUCUUCCCGUUACCAAUGGCGCCCAGAUUGUCUUCCGAUCCUUCCUCCAGCCUGUCUUCUCCCGCUUUUUCAGCAGCACCGGCAAUGCUUCGGCCGAUUUGCGAGGCAAAGCCGAUGCGGCUCUGAAAAGCCAGUAA